AUGCGCUUGGUCAAGAAUAAGAUCGAGCAUAAUGGCUCAGGCAGUGUCACUCUGAUUCCCGAGGAGCCCGAAGACAUGUGGCACGCCUACAAUCUCAUAUGUCCCGGUGACCUUCUAUACGCCAGCGCCAUCCGCCGUGUUACCACCACAGGUGCUACUGGCGCCACGAGCUCCUCUCGAGUCCGGUUGACCCUUGAAAUCCGCGUCAAAAACUUAGACUUUGAUCCCCAGAACUCGCAAUUACACGUUAGUGGGCAGAUCGUGAAUGAAACACAGCACACCAAGAUUGGACAACACCAUACCCUUGACCUAGAGCUUAAUCGACAAUUCACACUCGAGAAGGGCUCCGGAGCAGAUGAUGAAGGUACCGGGUGGGAUAGUGUUGCGGUGGAGGCACUAAAAGACGCUGUGGAUGAAGGAGGGAAUCGCAGGGCGGAAGCCGUGGCAGUUAUAAUGCAGGAGGGUAUAGCACAUAUCUGUUUCAUUGGACAAUUCCGCACAAUUCUCAAGCAAAAAGUCGAGAUGUCCGUUCCUAGGAAACGGCAAGGUGGAGGAGGAGAUCACGACAAGGGUAUGUCGAAAUUCUACCAAGUCACGCUGGACACACUCCUCCGCCAUAUGGAGUUCAACACCAGCUUAACGUCAAUGACCAACGACGCCGUCCGGCCUGUUCUCCUGGCCUCUCCGGGGUUCGUGGCUGCCGGGUUUCAAAAAUACAUCCAGUCUGUCGCGACAACCAGCACGCCAGGGCUGAAACGCCUUCUCCCUAGUCUUGUUGUCGUCCACUCCGCUUCAGGAUACCUCCACUCACUCACCGAGGUCCUACAAUCGCCCACAGUCAAGGCGAUGCUCUCCGACACCAAGCACGCCCGUGAGACCAAGCUCAUGGACGAGUUUGAGGAGCAGCUGCGUAAGGAAACCAACAGAGCCACCUAUGGUCCCCGAGAGGUCGAGUCCGCGGUGGAUCAAGGCGCAGUAGGCAGGGGCGGAGGCGUGUUGAUCAUUUCAAACCGGCUGUUCCGGUCUCAGGACGUGACGGAGCGCAAGCGUUGGGUAUCCCUCGUGGACCGAGUGCGCGACGUCGAAGGAGGUGAAGUGCGGGUGCUCAGCUCUGAGCAUGAAAGUGGGAGACGAUUAGAUGGGUUGGGGGGGAUUGCGGCGCUGCUAACAUUUCCUAUUACGGAAGAGGACGAUAUGGAUUCAGAUAGUGGCCAAUAAUCGAGUCUGUUCUGGAGGAGAUUCCAACAAUUAUCU